CCCCACCGUCAUUCUUUUCUGCUGCCUCUUUUUGCCCCGCGAUUGUAACGGCCAAAGAGUCAUCAUUUCAUUGUCUGUCCGAACGCCAGUCAGCCAUUUUUUGCUUGAUCUAGGCGCUCUUACAGCUGCGAUCUCUCGCUUCUUCUCCCCUGCGCUAGAUUACUUACCUUGGCCCGAGAAGAAAAAGAAGAAUGGUCCCGUCAUAGCCAGUCGCACUUCUCGCGGGUUCCGCGACCGUCUCCAGUUUAUUUCCAAUCAUCACCAUCACGCUCUCGCCAACACCACCAAAACUUUGCGACUUUCGCCACCAGUCGUCUCUCCGCGUUCAAAUACCCAUCUCUCAUGUUCGCCGCUACUUCACACAAGCUCAAGACCCCACUCGCUUUUUGACGACUGUCUGGCAGCUUUGAUUUUAAUUUUCCUCAAAGCAUGCAAUACGCGCCUUCCGACCAGUAAUAGCCAUGGACGACGAUAGCGACGACCCGCGCCAGGAUGAGCUCAGUUCUCUGCAGGCAAUCUUCCCCGAAAUCGAGCUCGACGACCACCGGCCCUUUUGCUUCACUAUCGAACUGCCCGUUCAUCCCGCGAAACCCGUAACGGUCACCUUCCCGGCCGCAUCCAAUGCCGACGACACCGCCGCCGCCCAGGUUCCCGGCGUCGAACCCCGGGUCGACUCCCAUGAGCUCUCGCACCUUCCCGCCGUCGUGAUCCGCAUGGGCUUGCCCAAGGGCUACCCCUCCGACAAGCCCCCGAGUGUCAGCAUCAGUACAUCGCCGCCGUGGCUGUCCGCAGGUGUGACCAAAAAGUUGGAAGACGACGGACCGAGAUUAUGGGAGGAGAUGGGUCGCGACAUGAUUGUCUUUUCCUACAUUGACCAGAUCCAGCAAGCGGCUGACGAUGUGUUUGGCAUGGUUGACGGAGCUGGCGCGUUGGAGAUCGACCCGUUGCACAAGAUUGCCAUUCUGGACUACGACAUUGAGGCUACUCGGGCGGCAUUCGAGAAGGAGACCUUCGAUUGCGGUGUUUGUCUAGAUCCCAAGAAGGGCUUAAUGUGUCACAAGAUGCUCGAUUGCGGCCAUAUCUUCUGUACUCAGUGCUUGCAGGAGUUCUACAGUAAUGCUAUUACGGAAGGAGACUUAGCGACUGUCCGCUGCCUCGCUCCCAAUUGUUCCAAAGAGCGUGCCGAAGCGGCGCGAGGAUCGGGCAAGGGCAAAAAGAGGAAGGCCAAAACCUCGAUCAGUCCUAGUGAACUGCUUCAGAUGGGGCUACCCCAUGACAUGGUGACUCGCUACGUGACGCUCAAGUACAAGAACGAACUCGAAUCCGACAAGAACACGAUCUACUGCCCCCGAUCUUGGUGCCAGGGUGCGGCCAGGUCCAAAAAGCACCGGAAGCCCGAGGGACUUGAGACGAUCGACGAGAGUUCGGAUGAGGAGACGGAAGACGAGACCGACGCUGACGGAGAAGACGGUGCGGGCGAAAAGAAGAAAAAGGCGAAGAAGAACUUCCAGGCUGAAGAUCUGAUAGCCAUCUGUGAAGACUGCGGGUUCGCUUUCUGCAGCCGCUGCUACCAGUCAUGGCAUGGCGAGUUCAUCAGAUGUACGCCCAAGCGAGACAAGGGCGAAAUCUCCGAAGAGGAACAGGCCUCAAUCGACUACAUCAACCUGCAUACGACGCCCUGCCCUACGUGUGGUGUUCCGGCGCAGAAGACUCAUGGCUGCAAUCAUAUGAUCUGCUUCCGCUGCGCCUCCCACUUUUGCUAUCUAUGUUCGGCCUGGCUCGACCCGAGAAACCCGUAUGCCCAUUUCAAUGAACAGCCCAACGGCAAGAUCACUUCCUGCUACAUGCGCCUGUGGGAGCUCGAAGGCGGCGACGGCGACAAUGUCGAUAUUGGCUACGCUGGUGGACACCAGAUCGAGCGGCUUUUGGAGAUCCCACCUCCCGCACCUCCAGCUCCGGUUAUUGACCUUGUUCCCGAGAUCGAAGAGCCGGACGACAGCGAUUCGGAUACGGAGGAGAACGAUGCAGAUCGGCCAGCACGUCCUGCGGCUGGUGGUGUUGCUCGAGAGGGACCGCUUGUGUUACGUAUUGAGGCCAAUCCAGCUCCCAGAGGAGGUCGGGGAGGUGCAGGAAUCGGAGCAGCGCUUCAUGGUCCUAUCCCGCCAGCCGCACCUCAGGCGCCGCCCAAUCCUGCGAGAAGAGGAUUUCCGGCAGCUCGAGGUGGACGAGGUGGCCGUGGAGGCCGAGGCGGUCGUGGUAAUCACAGAGGCGGACCUGGACAGAACCAGCAGCCGGAGGCUCGACGGGGGGCGCCUCCCCGUCGGCAUGAAGACUUUGACCCCGAUAUGGUCGAGGGUUUGGGUGACGGAGAGCUCGAUGCGGCGCAGCAGGCUUGGAUCAGAAACUUUGUUCAAAUGGCGUUGGCGGAUCAGGAAGGGGAUAGCGACGACGACUGAAUAAUGAGGAUUCACUGUGAAAUGGAUGGGUUACUUAAGGUACAAUCGGGCGGGGUGUUCACCUUUGGUAGAAAGGGGGCGUGAUACCGCCUCACGGCAUAGUAACUUGGAGACGACGACAGGAUGAUGGGAUGAUGAAGGUCUAAGAAGACGAUGAUGUUAAUGAAC